UCUGCCAUCUCUAUUGUCAACAGCCGUGCUCAUAUUAUUAAUAAUAAAAGUGCCGAAAUUAGUAAAUUCUAAGGUGCUGAUUGUGUAAGCGUAACGAGGCAUCAACAACAUGGAAAAAGUAGUGUCGUCUGGACUAAAGUUGAUGCAGAUGCAGAUGCCGAAGGCAGCAUCAGCUGGCCUGCUGCAAUGGAAUGCGCUGCAAAUGCAGCAAGUGCGCCACCGGCAGACCAAGCACUGGAAGCCAGAGUUUAAACGCUUGCGAAAGCAAAAAUUUAUAAAAAUUGAGUUGCCUAAUUUCCGCGAAAAGCAAGAGGAUAUAAGUAAAGAGGAAAUGCGCAGCCGUAUGAAGGAGCGUGGUGUGCUACCUCCGCGUCCUUGGAUGGAACGUCCGUUUCACAUCAGCUGCACGGGCGGCAUAUUUGAGGCGUAUGUGCCGCCAGAGGGUGAUGGCAAAAAGUCCUUCAUCUCAACGACGGGCGCCAAGCAAAAACUCGAGUUUCUUGAGAAAAAGUCAAAGAGCAUGAUGGCCGUGCGUAAAAUACGUUCCUAUGAGGAGAGUUUCAACACAGACGAGUUUGAGGAGCAUGCACAGGAGCUUUACAUUUCAGCGCACACACUUAUGGCAGCCAAGGAAAAGUAUAAGAUACGUGAAUUUGUAAGCGAACGCUGCUAUCCCGAGAUGAUGCACAAUGUAAAGGACAAGACGAUUCGUUGGCGCUUUCUGCAAUCGAUUGAACCACCACGUGUGGUGCACGCACGUUGCACCGAAGUGAUUACCAAGGAGAAUCAGUUUGCGCAAGUUACCGUACGCUUCCACACACAACAAAUGCUGGCUAUCUACGAUCGCUUUGGCCGCCUCAUGCACGGCAGUGAAAUCCUCACCAAGGAUGUGCUGGAGUAUGUGGUAUUCGAGAAGCACAUUUCCAAUGAAUACGGCAAGUGGCGACUGCACGAUAAGAUUAUUCCCGAUUGGCUGCCAGCCAAGCAGCCAGCGCCCAUUACUUAUCGCGUCAUAGAAGAGCCUGUUGAGGAGGUGGCCAAAGAGCUGGAAGCAGGCGAGCAGACAAAGCAACUGGAGUCGGGCAGUGAACAGCAGAAGGAGCAGCUAGCGGCGGCAACUUCAGCACAGGCUCUGCCCGAGACCAGCAGUAAACCUACACUGGCCAUUUGAUUGUACUUUUUGUGGGCUGC